AUGUCUCUCUCCGCCCACGCUGAAGACGAGAAGCGCCGUAACGCGACGUCGCAGCAGACCCCGGGUGUACAGAUCUUCUUGCAGCCCAUUGCACCCCCCGCCGCUCUGGGUCUGGCCGGGUUUGCGGGCUCUACUUGGAUUACGUCGAGCUACAUUGCUAAUUGGUGGGGAAAUUCUGAUUCACCGACUAUCUUCUUUCCAUUCGUGGGCAUAUUUGGUGGACUCGCCCAGUUCAUUGCCGGGCUCUAUGGAUUCAAAGCCCGUGACACGCUCGUCACGGUGAUCAACACAAUGUGGGGGAGCUUCUGGAUUGCCAUCGGCAUCCUGUACGCAUUCGUGGCAGCAGGAGCUAUCCCGCCUCAUUCGGUGCACACGCACUUCCCGGAGCUGGCGGCGUGGUUCGUGGUCCUGUGCGUCUUCACGUGGUCGUGCGCGCUGGCGGCGACGGCGCGCGACGUCGUGCUCAGCGCGUGCCUGUUCAGCCUGGCCAUCGGCAGCACCAUCGCGUGCUGCAUGUUCGCGUACAACGGCGGCACCUCGCCCGUGUCGGGCUCCGGCGACGGCCUCCAGGGCGGCGUCACCCGCGGCAUCAAGGCCGCCAGCUACUUCUGGAUGUUCUCGGCCCUGUGCGCCUGGUGGCGCACCACCGUCUAUCUGGUCGAGGAGGCCUACGGCACCGGCCACGCCAUCACCCGCUUCUUCGUCAUCGGCCGCACGCCCAUGGAGCGCCGGGCCCCCGUGCUGAUCCCAGGCCUUGGCGAACCGGGCGUCAAGAGAGGCGUGCCGAAGCCGAUCCCGGUGUAG